CGCUUGGUGUCUCGGUCGAAUAGCGAAACUCGUGGCUUCGGUGCUUAUUUUCUCUCUGCUCGCGUACUAGGCAAGAUGUGCGCGCGAUUUAGAAGUAACUUGCCUGGAAAAUUGCAAACAGUAUUGUAUCACUGACGGAACAAAGCUUGUUUUGGGGCCAACAACGACGGUGUAAAUAUCCACACACCCACGGAAUCCGGUUCACAGCAAAGAAAGCAAAAAAUCAUUAAAAAAAAGUUUUGUGUUUUCAAAGUGUUGACCUUGCAUCUCUGGUGUGGAUUGCUGGGAAAAGUGAUCGAAAGAGAAUCUAAGGUUUGUUCUCGGAGGAAAACGAGCAGAAUAAGCAAGGAAAAAUAUGUAAAUCUUGACCUACAGUGAGUGAGUUUAUGACUGUGGUAUUUCUAUUUUUGUCAGACGUAAACAAGCAAAAUCUGUGAUGUUACGAAACGAAUAAGAGUUUCAAUGUUAACCAAGCACAUCGAGGUAUAAAUAAACUGUGAAUUUGAUGAGUAGAAUAAGGCGACCUAUAACCACUUGUCGAAACGAGAGUGAACAUCUGUGAGAAACUCGAAAAGUAGCACCAUAUCGUCAAAAUACCGCGCAAUUGAAAAAAAAAGUGAAAUCACCCUAGCGUUUUCAAUGAUAUACAAGCAUUUAGUAUGAAAAUAAACACAGUGCUAGACUAGUACAGAAUAAAGAGGAGAAAAUCGUUCAACAGCUGAAGCUGUUCGCCUUUGCUCUUACAGCUACUACCAGUAAAUAGAAAUACGUUCAGGUGUCAUCUGUAUUGACGACAGUGGAUGAUUAUUUCAAUGAUAAACGCAUCUUCUAUUCGAAUAUUUCUCGUUGCUGGAUAGACAAUCCCAAUCUGAAGCAAAAAUGCCGACUCUACUGGAAGCCUUGGAAGAAAAAUACGGUCUCGGAGCCCAGAAAGCCAAAUUGGACGAGACGCUCGUAUCGAUAUUUGUGCCCAAAUUGCCACCUAGGUUGAGCGUACCAGAGCUACUAAUCCUAAACGAUUGCAAUAUCGACAAGGCGGGUGAACCAGAGGACUUGCGCCGAAAAUGUUGCACCGUCAAGGAGCUGGACCUUGCCCAAAACAAACUGGAGAAUUGGGAUGAGGUCUUUGGAAUACUUUCACAUAUGCCCCGUGUAGAGUUUGUUAAUCUGAGCCUGAAUCGGCUGGGUGGUCCUAUCGAAAUUUCGCCCCCUUGUAAAAUGGAUCGACUCCGCAGCCUGGUGCUAAACAAUACAAAACUGGAAUGGUAUGGCGUCGAGACCCUACUACGAUUGCUUCCAGUUCUUGAGGAGCUCCAUCUUAGUUUGAAUGAGUAUACACACGUGCUGAUUGAUACCAUAGUGGAUGAUGGUUACGAAACUGAAACAGCUGACGAAACGAGCUGUGAUGAAACAACUUGUCAAUGCCCGCAUGAGCAAAUCCAAUCUAGUCGAGGUCAAAAGCGUAGCGCUUCUGAAAGUUCUCUAUACAAGAAAACCGAGGCGCAUCCAGGUGUCAAGAAACUGCAUCUCACCGGAAACCGUAUCAGUGAGUGGAGCGAAAUAUGCAGAGUUGGACGAUUGUUUCCAAAUCUGGAAGCUCUAGUGCUAGCGGAUUGUCCGAUUGACUCACUAUGCCCACCUGAUAACAGCGAAGAGGAGCAAAGCAGUUCAACGUCUUCCCAGUCUACAAAAACGGAAAGCCAUGAACAUUUCAAGAAUUUGACACUGCUGAAUUUGAGCAACGCUAAAAUCGAUUCAUGGGACGACAUCGAUCGAUUAGCACGGUUUCCUGCCUUGAAACAUCUCCGUGUGCAGUGCUGGCCAUUGUGGGAUAAAUGUGACUCAACUGAGCAUGAACGACGGCAGCUGUUGAUUGCCAGGCUACCGAAGAUCAACAUACUGAACGGAGGGGACGUGAUCGGUUCCGUUGAACGUGAAGAUGCAGAACGAUCAUUUAUUCGAUAUUACCUCGACAAGCCGGAAAGCGAUCGACCCGAGAGAUACUUUGAAUUAGUGGCUGUGCACGGUAAAUUAGACCCAUUGGUAAACAUCGAUUUAAGGCCAGAAAGAAGAGUAAAAAUCACCUUUACAUACGGAGAGACAAGCGAAGAGCGCACUGUGGAUGUAUAUAGAACCGUAGUGGAUCUAAAGACCCGUUUGGAAAGAAUCGUUGGACUUCCAGCAUCAAAGAUGCGUCUGUUUUAUGUUGAUCAGGAUUUGCGCGACCUACAGGGACUGGAAGAGAUGAAGUACCCCCACAAAAGGCUAUACAGUUACAAUAUUCGAUCUGGCGACGAAAUAAUCAUCGACCAAAAGCAUUAGCAGCAAGACUGCCGUUUAUCCAAUGCACGAAGUAUACUGUCGCUAUUCGCAUAACAGUCCUAUGUAGAUAGGAAAUCCAUAGGACAUGGGACUGUUAUGCGAAUAGCGGCAGUAUACUAAUAGAAAAAAAAUACAAUAAUGAAAAUAUUGGACUGCUAUUGUUAUAUGCAACGAUGCUAUCAAAUGUAUAACCUAUGCAGCUGCUUAAUAUCUUUCUCUCAAUUUACAAUGCGCUUAAAACAUCCGUAAUGCUUUAUUUUAAAAGAAUAUUUAAAAACGUAAUAAUUUAUGCGUAUCCCAGUGUGAACAGCACAAAUUCAAUUGUACUAUACUUACUAAGAUUUAAAAAAAAUCAGAUAAGUUGACGAAUAAAAGGACUAUUGAGACAAUAUUGGUAGUUGUAUGAGUAGUCUUCAAACUAUGGGUAAUGUCUUGCCGAAUAUAAAAGCAGAACUGAAGUCAUAAUUCUACUUAAAAUAUAUACGAAAACAUUGAUUGUGAUGAAACCUAUUUGUUAAAUCAGAGAUAAGAACAGUAGUAAGUAAUAUUCUACUAAAGUAAGAAAUAAUAAGGCAAAUUAAAAAAGGAAA